AGGUCACUGCACAUGCGUGUUGCCUUUAGGGCAGCCAUAUUGAGAGUGCACAGAAAGAAAAACUUUUUGUUUAGUGUAAUUUUUUUUCAUAGGAAAGUAAAAUGGGUUUUCUAAGAUGAUGAAAUGAAAAGAAACGAACAAUGGCCUGUUUCAAGACUUUGAAGGAGGAUAUAAAGCUUUUGGAGACCACGUUUCCGAAGAAUCACGAACGAUUUCAGGUCGUUUCCGCGUCUGUUGAUGAAUUGACUUGUCGAUUUAUCACGAAAAGCGGAGAACGUUUGGAAAUUCACGCAAACAUUACAGAAACCUAUCCUCAGACAGCACCGAUCUGGUUUUCAGAGACUGAAGAUGCUACAGUAUCAACUGCCAUAGAACAACUCUGUGAUACCACCCCGGAAAAUUUCACUAUUAUAAGACAGGUCCAAAUGUUGGUGAGCAUACUCAGUCAGCUGCAAGAUUUGCCAUUGCCACAAGAAAUCAGAGGUCUAGACAGGACGUCAACAAUUAAAAAUCAUCACUCAUCUACUUCUAAAGACACAGAGUUAUUUGAAGAGGAAGAUGAAGAUGAAAUAGAAGAUCAUGAUGACUUGCAUUAUGAGAUGGAAGAGGAGCAACAAGAAAGCAAAGCCAAAGAAGAUAUUGAUGGAAUAGAUACAGAAAACCUUGUGACUCUUGAAAAAUUAAAACAGAGUCAGAGACAAAAUUAUCUUCAGGGUGCAGUGACUGGUUCUAUUCAAGCUACAGAUCGCCUUAUGAAAGAAUUAAAGGAAAUUUAUCGAUCAGCCAGCUUCAAGAGUGGAACCUACUCAGUAGAGCUAGUCAAUGAUAGUUUAUAUGAAUGGAAUGUGAAAAUAUAUAGAGUUGACCCGGACAGUGCAUUGCAUAAGGAUCUCAUGGAUUUCAAGAAAUUAAAAGGACAGGAACACAUAACUAUGAACCUCCUUUUCAAAGAUUCCUUCCCAUUUGACCCUCCAUUUGUCCGUGUGGUCCAGCCCAUCAUAUCUGGAGGUUAUGUUCUGGGGGGUGGUGCCAUAUGUAUGGAACUGCUCACAAAACAGGGCUGGACCAGUGCCUACAGUCUGGAGUCUCUCAUCAUGCAGAUAACUGCCACUCUGGUGAAAGGCAAAGCAAGAAUCAUGUUUGGUGCAAAUAAGAAUCAGUACAGUUUAGCAAGAGCUCAACAGUCUUUUAAAUCUUUAGUGAAGAUUCAUGAAAAAAAUGGUUGGUUUACUCCCCCAAAAGAAGACGGUUGAGGUUCUCCAUAAAAUAGAAAUCUAGGGAUUCUUCAACUUAAUUCAACACACCUAUCAAGCAAUAUUGAAGCUCGAGGCAUUUUAAUGAGAUAAACUCAUGAUCUCAAAACUAAAGAGAAAGAUAAGCAGAACUAAUGGCUAAUUUUGCACCAGUUGGCUGUUGAGCAGCAUUGGAAAGGAACAGAAAUUUUGUGAAAUUGGCCAGGAAACAUUUGUCCUUGUUUACGUAUUACUUUAGAAAAAUAUUCGAAGGACUUCCAUUUAUUAUUGAUAACUGCUUGAUGCAGUCGCCACGCUGAUUGAAAAUGAAAUUAUUUUGAUAUAAUUAAUACUUGUAACUUGAAUAACUGCAAUGUGCUUUCCAGCAGUAAUUCCUCUAUGACUUCUGCAUGCAUGAUAUGACAAAUACUGUUGCUGUAUCAUGAGUUGGCUUGAUUAACAGAAUAUUGACCUUUAUAAUGCUUAGACAUUUUGCAUCAUGCUGUACCCAUUUUUGCUAUAGUAUCAUCAGCCACAUCAAGCAGGAAGGGAUAAUUCUGUUUUAGUAAUGUUACGUUUGGGUUAAUAUUUUAUAUAAGUGGACUAUUUGUUUUUAUCACAGACAAAUAGGUGGUGUAAUAUACUUUAAACACACAUCUUCUGUCCAUUAAUUUUUCAGUGUAUCAAGUAAGCAUAAGAUGUGUAAAGAAAAUUAAAAGUGAAUGGGUUCUAGUUGUAAUUUGGUUAAAAAACACAAUACAUAUUCUUUAAAACGACUUUGCAGAUUUUUUUCAUCAGUCAUGGUAAAUGGUGGUUUUUUAACACUUUGCAUGUUACCCUGAAGAGGUGUCCACACAUUCAACGGAUAGUUGAAUUGGGGAUGGCAUUAUUUUAGUAUUUAGCAAUGGUUAUUAAUAGUUUUUAUUCAGUUAAAAUGACCCUUGAUUUUUGCAACAAAGUUUUUGAUACCACCACCACUUUCAUGUAGACGUUAGUGUGAAAUAAAUGUAUUUGUGUAUUUAUUAAAACCUGA